UCCGAGCGCAAUCUAGUGGUGCGAUCUGUGUCGCCGGCCGCCGCCUCUCCGACGCGGCGGCGCCGCCCGGAAAUGCCGCGCUCCCACGGCCACGGCCACGGCUACCACCACCAGGCCCCCCACCAACUCUCUCACCGCCGCCUUGCCCCCAUCGCCUCCGCGGCGGCGGUGCUCCUGCUACUGGCGCUACUCAUUCUCCUCCCCGCCGCGCCACCGGGAGGGCCCGCGGCCCCCGCCUCGCUCCUCCGCGCGGCCAUCGCGGCGCACCCGGCGCCGGAAUCCUACGCGGACCCCUGCGCCGACCACCUGGCCCUCUCCCUCCGUCGCCUCGGCGCCGCGGCCUCCUCGCUCGAGUCCGGCGACCUGCCCGCGGCGCUCCACCUCGCCUCCGCCUCGCUCCAGUACCAGUACGACUGCUCCCACCUCCUCUCCCUCCCGGCCUUCCCCUCCUACUCCCUCACCUCGCGCUUCCUCGCUUCGCUUACCCCGCCACCCCUAGCCGCCGGCACCAAACCCUCCCCUUCCUCCUCCGCCGCCGCCUUUCUGGCUAGCGUUCGCGCGGACGCCACCGUCUGCAAGGCAAAUCUGGCAGCGAGGACGUGCGAUUACUCGACGGUGCAAGCCGCCAUUGACGCAGCACCUAACUACACCGCUGGGCAUUUCGUCAUCAAGGUGGCUGCAGGUAUAUACAAGGAGAGUGUCAUGAUUCCGUACGAAAAGACCAACAUUGUGCUGGUGGGAGAAGGCAUGAGCGCUACUUUGAUCACCGCAUCACGGAGCGUGGGGAUUGACGGGCUUGGCACUUACGACACUGCGACCGUUGCUGUCGUUGGUGAUGGUUUCCGGGCAAAGGAUAUAACAUUCGAGAAUGGCGCAGGCGCAGGAGCUCAUCAGGCAGUGGCAUUCCGAUCGGACAGUGACAAGUCGGUGCUCGAGAAUGUGGAGUUCCGCGGCCACCAGGAUACACUGUAUGCUCGCACAAUGCGGCAGCUGUAUCGCCGGUGCCGUAUUGUGGGCACGGUUGAUUUUGUAUUCGGGAAUUCAGCAGCAAUAUUUGAGGAAUGUGUGAUUAGGACAGUGCCACGAGCGGAAGGAGCUCGAAAGAGCGCACGCAAUGUAGUGGCAGCAAAUGGGAGAAUUGAUCCAGGGCAGACAACAGGGUUUAUGUUUUGGAAUUGUACAGUGGAUGGGAGCAAAGAGUUCUUGGCGUUGUUCCGGGCAAAGCCAGGGUCUUACCGGUUGUAUUUGGGGCGCCCAUGGAAGGAGUAUGCGAUUACCGUGUAUGCCAGAUGUUAUUUGGGGAAGGUUGUCAGGCCAGAGGGAUGGCUUGCUUGGCGUGGGGAAUUCGCACUCAGGACGCUAUACUAUGGGGAGUUUGAUAGUCGAGGGCCUGGUGCAAAUCACACAGCAAGGGUUGAGUGGAGCAGUCAGGCAUCGGAACAACUUGUCGGAGUCUACUCGGUGGAGAACUUCAUUCAAGGGCAUGAAUGGAUUGCAUACUAACUACAAUCUUCCGUGUUCCAAUACACUCGAAACAUUAACAUUUUUAGGGCAAGAAAAACAAUGAUUCCUCACGACUUGCGUGAUAAACCAAUAAAAAAAGAAAGAUCAAAAGAAUGUAUGAUCUAUGAGCUGAAUGGUGCUCCUCCUCCAGAACAUUUGCUCGCAGCGGAAUACUUGGUAUUUAUCAUUUAUCAGAAUAUCUUUGGAGUUAAUGGUGAACUUAUAUGAUGGUUAUAACAGUACCCCUGACUAUUAUAUGUGCUUCAAACUUCAAUAAUUAAUUAAGCAAAUGAAAUUAAUCAAAUGCUUCUUACUCCUUGUAUACCUCUUGUGCAUUUAGCGUGAAUGACCUGGGCUGUUCUAUGGAGAAUGUCAUGGGCAUAUGAUUGACUGGAAGAAAAUUGCAGCUCUUUUUGCUGGACAUGUCAAAGGGCUUAAACUAGGGUAGCAGUUGCUUUGAGUGAGUGGAAACCAAUUACUCACUCUUAUGUAAUAGUAACAUAAUAAGGAAUAUUCGACCAUUUUAAAUUGUUCAAUUAAUUCCCAGAUAACUCAACCUUCCCUCCGACAGUUUGAAAUAUGGGGAUGUGUGAAAGAGCACUUGAUUUCCUUGAUCUUGAUGGACAGAAAUUGAGAAAGCAAAAAC